UUUUAGCCCAUCCCACUUCGUCGUAUUCAGCUAAAAAAACUCAGUACUGACUUUUUAAAAUUUGUUAGUUUUAUCCAAACUUUUCAAAAAGUCUCUCUUUCACAUUUGAUCUUUAGUUCCUUUAUCAAGGCAGGUCCAUAACACAACACUUGAUUCGGAGAUCAGUUAGAAAUGAAGUUUGAAGAAUCUCAAACGCUCUUACCCGUGAGAAAACCUGUAAAUGGCUGUUGUCUCAGCAGCAACCGCAAACGCGCUGGUUACAAGCUUUGGGUUUUAGUCGCGGUUCUCCUCUUGGCCUUAGGGUCUAUGUUAACCGGUUCCGUCUCUCUCAAAGGACUCGGUCUGUUCCACUCUGUUGACGGCGAAUUCGGAUUUCCCGUCGGCGACGAUCUCGACGUUCUGGAAAUUGAGGAGAGAGAGAAAGUGGUGAGGCAGAUGUGGGAUGUUUACGGACGCUCCGGCGGCGUAAGGAUUCCUCGGUUCUGGCGAGAGGCGUUCGAGGCGGCUUAUGAGUUUCUGGUCAGUGACUCCGCCGCCGUUCGAAACGGUGCCGUUUCCGAUAUUGCGAAGCUGUCUCUUGUUCGCUCUCUUAAGCCCGACUCUACUUCGGCCCAGCCCAAUCAUCAUUGAGUUUUGAAGACGGAAACCCACGAGAAUAACAUAAGAUUUUUAUUGUAUAUAAGAGUAUUUCUCGAAUAAUACCGAAACUGUAAUAUUUCUCAAUAAUAAUAAUUGGUCAUUCGAGGAGAGAAAA